AUGGCAACACGCGCAAUGCACGCGUCAAAGGCCGCUGCUCCCACCCUGUCACUCAUGUCGCGCCGAACAAUGACUCUUCACAACCCCAUCACCCGUUCUCUUGCCAGACCUAUGACCACAAAGUCCUUCCAACAUACAGCAAUAGUGACAGGAGCAACAGUCUCACAAAAGAGACACCUGUCCUCCUCGGCCUGGGAAGGAAGCAGUGGGUUCAAGGACCUGACCCGUGCAACAGCACUCGUCUAUUCCGAAUACGGUCGUCCCACCGAAGUCCUCAAGGUGCUGAAGCAUACGUUGACACCUCCAGGAGACGACGCCGUCCAGGUCCAAUUCCUGGCAUCCCCCAUCAACCCGGCAGACAUCAACCAAAUCGAAGGAGUCUACCCCCUCAAACCUCCCAUGACCACCCACCUCUACUCCUCCCCUUCCGCCACCACCUCUGCCCCCACCCUCACGCCAGUAGCAGUCGCCGGUAAUGAGGGCGUCGCCAAAGUAACAAAAGUCGGAUCCAAGGCCUCAUCUCAUUUCAAAGUCGGCGAUUGGGUGGUCAUGGGAUCUGCAGGGUUGGGGACUUGGCGGUCGCAUGGGAAUUUUCUGGCCAAGGAUUUGACAAAGGUUAGGUCGGUCGAGAAGAUGACAGAGGGUGGAGAUUCGAGUAGUUUGGACAUUGUGCAGUUGGCGACUCUGACGGUUAAUCCGUGUACUGCAUAUCGAAUGCUCAGGGAUUUUAGGACGCUUUCUCCAGGCGACUAUGUGAUCCAGAACGGCGCUAACUCGGGUGUAGGUGAGGCAGUCAUCCAGCUCGCAAGACCUCUGGGCGUCAAGACCAUUAACAUCAUCCGCAACCGACCGGGCCACGAAAAAGUCGCCGAACGAUUGACAAAACUCGGAGCAACUCAUAUCCUGACGGACGACCAGUUGGGUAAACUUGAGACCAAGGAACUUGUCAAGUCAUGGACGAAGGGCCAUGAAGUCAACAAGAGCGGCCACCUGGUAACAUACGGCGCCAUGUCGCGCCAACCCCUAAUCCUCCCUGCAUCCCUCCAAAUCUUCAAAAACGUCCAUGCCUCAGGGUUUUGGCUCACCGCCUGGAACGACUCCCACUCUCCCACAGAGCGACAGGAAAUGAUUGAUCGUGUGGUGGAGGUGAUGAAGACGGGACAGUUUGAGGAGGUCGAGUGUACGAGGAACCAGUGGAAUAUUACUGCGACCGAUAUGGGGGUCUUGGAGGAGAGGCUGCGGGAUGCUGUUGGACGGGCUGCGAGCGGUGGACAUGGGAAGCAAGUUUUCCUUAUGGAAUAG